AUGCUACCACCGUCAGACUCGUUUGCUCAUCAUAACCUCAAGCUGGCCGAAGUCCUGGCCAGCCUUCGAAAGCAGACUGCUGCGCCUGCUCCCCCACCGCCAUAUGCUGCUACCGCUGGCUCUAGUAAUGUCAACGCUGCUGGGCUGCUAGGGGAACUCGAAGAUGAUGAGAGUUACGAGGACGCACCCCUUGCUCCAAUUGUUAUUAAAAUCGAUACCUCAAUCUCUAUCGAUGGGCAGAAUAACACCGUUGCCAUACCUACCUCCGUGGGCACAGGCGUCGAGGGCAGCCAGUCGCCUGCAUCAGAUGUUCCAGGUCUAUCUAUACAGCAGCUCCAGCAGCUGCAGCAGCGUCGACAGGCCAAAUCGUCACAGCUGGCCUCGGCUAUCAUCUCGGCUUUAAAAGCGGCUGGGGCCUUGGAUGACACAGAGACGGGAAGGCAACGCCCAAUUGAGGUUGAUGUCAAUGCUGGUAUCAGAAUUAUUGGAAAUUCCAACGAGAUAUGUUCAGGAUCCCGCAGGAAGAAGACAGGACAGGAUCCAGUGUCUGUUCUCACCCACUCCCCGGAGAAGUUGGACAGGAAGCGUCGAGCUCAAUCUGAACCUCUGGACACUCCAGAGCGGAAGAGAGUACAUACUACCAAAGAGUCAGCUGGCCAUCGAAGCUAG